CAAAAAGACAAAGGUUAGCGCCUUUUUUUUUUCUCUUCCUCCAGCUCAACGAAAUAACGCGAGACUCGGAAAUCCAGCUCUCUCGCGCGCUUGUUCUUCCGUCUCUGAAGCGAUGAGUCUCUUCGGUCUGGGCAGCAGAAAUCAAAGGACUUUUCGCCCCAAAAAGAGUGCACCAUCGGGGAGUAAGGGGGCUCAACUCAGAAAGCAUAUUGAUGCCACUCUUGGUAGUGGAAACUUGAGGGAAGCAGUUAGACUUCCAACUGGGGAGGAUUUGAAUGAAUGGCUGGCUGUUAACACUGUGGAUUUCUUCAACCAGGUGAAUUUGCUAUAUGGAACCCUCACAGAGUUCUGUACUCCUGAGAGUUGUCCUACAAUGACUGCUGGACCCAAGUAUGAGUAUAGGUGGGCUGAUGGUGUACAAAUUAAAAAGCCUAUUGAGGUCUCUGCUUCAAAAUACGUUGAAUAUUUAAUGGAUUGGAUUGAAUCUCAGCUCGAUGACGAAUCAAUAUUCCCUCAAAAGCUUGGUACGCCAUUUCCUCCAAACUUCAAGGAGGUUGUGAAGACGAUAUUUAAAAGGUUGUUCCGUGUAUACGCCCACAUUUAUCAUUCUCACUUUCAGAAAAUUGUGAGCCUCAAGGAGGAGGCACAUUUAAAUACAUGCUUCAAGCAUUUCAUACUUUUUACCCAUGAAUUUGGUUUAAUUGACAAAAGGGAGCUGGCUCCGCUUCAGGAGCUGAUUGAAUCCAUUAUUGUUCCAUACUGAACAGGUUUGCAUAACUGGACAGAAAACCUAUUCUAGAGACACAACUAAUGAAAUAAUCAAUUACUUUCUGCAUUUUACUGUAGCGUUUGUAUGGUGGUUUUAUUGUGUACAUGUGUUCUGUAUUUGGAUGUUUUAAGUUUGUGGAUGCUAGGUUAAAUGUAUCUUCUCCUUUUUCUCACAUGAGGUGUUGGCAUUUCAAAUUGCAUAAAUUUCAAUACAGGUUACUGUUUGAGCUGGUAAA